AUGGCUUUCGAUCUGCUUCCUGCUUUACAUCUGCGUGUAAGGCGUGCUACUAUAUGUGUCCGUGUGUCCCGUAAAUGGGAAUAUCGAAGAGGAACUGAUGUUGGCCCUAUACAGCACGUCGACUUGGUUCUUGUUGAUGCGAAGAUUCCAGGCCCUGAGGUGGAGUCCAAGAGUGCGCUUAUAGAGGAGAGCCGUGUUUAUGUCAUAAGCCGUUUCAGGGUCUCCAACGCUAAACACAGUUUCAGGCCUGUUGAGUCACCCUUCAUGGUUGAGUUCACGUGCCAUACUCAGAUCUCUACUGCAAGAGAGGAGGUGACUGGCUUCCCUUUGUACACAUACAGGCUGACACCGAUUGAUGAGCUAAAAGCGCGUGCUGGUGACACCAAGGACUUUGUUGGUGCAUCUCUUUGCUUCCUAUGCUUCUUGCUUAACAUUACUACCUGA